AUUCAAUCUACUUUUCUUUUCUCCGUCUAUCUAACUGGUAUCUCCUUGUUUUUCACGCUUUCAAUUAAUAUCCCGUGAAGUAACCAUAUAAAAAGUUAAUUCGAAAAUACAAAUUUUUUUCGCUCAUUUGUUUUCCCACCGAAACAAGGGAAAGUACGCUUCACGUUGACAAUGUCACUUCAACUUCACUUUUUACGAGAAGUUUUUGGAAAAAAUUGUCAAGUAAUGCGGCCUACGACAAAAAUUUAUUAAACAAUUGUGACAGAAUUGCAAAGAGAAUGGGAAACACUGGAUCCGCGCACUCAUCGAAAAGAAAAGGACGAAAACGAGAAAGUGGUGACAGCGUAGGUGAUCGUCCAGGAAAAACUAAAAAAUUUGUAAAUGGUUCCGAAUCUCGAACCAGUGGAAAAGAGAUAAUAAAAUGUCGUGCGACUAAUCCUUUUAUCAUCUUCUUUCUACGGUUACGGAGUAAAAAGCCAAAGGAACACGUAACCGUGAUUGCUCGUGCAGCUGGAAAAUUAUGGACACAAAUGACUCCGGAACAAAGAAAGAAAUACGUACAGUUAGCAAACGCCGAGAAAAAAAGACGAGAAGAGCAAAGAAGGAAACGAAAGUUAAGAAGAAGAAAAGGAAGAUAGAACACACAUGUUGAUGAAAAGUUAUAAGAUAAAAACGAAAUUAUAUAAGUGCGAAGUUCGUCUUCUUGAGUGCUGAGUUAAGCACGCGCUUUCUACACAAGUUCUUACA